GGGCUGCCGGGCCAGGCCCGCCAUGGAGGUGGAAGAGGCGUUCCAGGCGGUGGGGGAGAUGGGCAUCUACCAGAUGUACUUGUGCUUCCUGCUGGCCGUGCUGCUGCAGCUCUACGUGGCCACGGAGGCCAUCCUCAUCGCCCUGGUGGGGGCCACGCCCGCGUACCGCUGGGACCUGGCGGGGCUCCUGCCCAAUCAGAGCCUCGGCAACCGGUCAGCAAGUGACGAGCGCGCGCUCGGGGACUGGCUGCGGACAGCCAACGGCAGCGAGGUCCGCAAGCACGUGCACUUCAGCGGCAGCUUCACCUCCAUCGCGUCUGAGUGGUUUUUAAUUGCCAACAGAUCUUACAAAGUCAGUGCAGCAAGCUCUUUCUUCUUCAGUGGUGUGUUUGUGGGAGUUAUUUCCUUUGGUCAGCUUUCAGAUCGCUUUGGAAGGAAAAAAGUCUAUCUCACAGGUUUUGCUCUUGACAUCUUAUUUGCUGUUGCAAAUGGGUUUUCCCCCUCCUAUGAGUUCUUCGCAGUAACUCGCUUCCUGGUGGGCGUGAUGAACGGAGGAAUGUCGCUGGUGGCCUUCGUCCUGCUGAACGAAUGUGUGGGCACCGCCUACUGGGCACUCGCAGGAUCGAUCGGUGGCCUCUUCUUCGCAGUUGGCAUUGCCCAGUAUGCCCUGUUGGGAUACUUCAUCCGCUCCUGGAGGACCCUCGCCGUUCUGGUUAACCUACAGGGAACGGUGGUCUUUCUCCUGUCGUUAUUCAUUCCUGAAUCACCUCGUUGGUUAUACUCCCAGGGUCGACUGAGUGAGGCUGAAGCGGCUCUGUACCUCAUUGCCAAAAGGAACCGCAAGCUCAAGUGUACGUUCUCCCUAACAUAUCGGGCUAGCAGGAGCCACAGGGAGACCGGAAGUUUCCUGGAUCUGUUCCGUUACCGGAUCCUCUUGGGGCACACGCUGACGCUGAUGUUCAUCUGGUUUGUGUGCAGCUUGGUGUACUAUGGCCUCACUCUGAGCGCAGGUGAUCUAGGCGGAAAUAUUUAUGCCAACCUGGCCCUGUCCGGCCUCGUAGAGAUUCCAUCCUACCCUAUCUGCAUCUACUUGAUUAACCAAAAAUGGUUUGGUCGGAAGCGGACAUUAGCGGCAUUUCUGUGCCUCGGAGGACUGGCUUGUCUUAUUAUAAUGUUUCUUCCAGAAAAGAAAGACACAGGUGUGUUUGCCGUGGUGAACAGCCAUUCCUUGUCUCUGCUCGGGAAGCUGACGAUCAGCGCGGCCUUUAACGUGGUGUACAUCUACACCUCUGAACUGUACCCCACAGUCAUCAGGAACGUUGGGCUUGGAACUUGUUCUAUGUUCUCCCGAGCCCCCCCGAUUAUUGCCCCCUUCAUCCCCUCACUGAGGUAUGUGCAGUGGUCUUUACCCUUCAUUGUCUUUGGAGCCACCGGCCUGACUUCGGGCCUCCUGAGUUUAUUAUUGCCGGAAACCCUUAACAGCCCAUUGCUAGAGACGUUUUCCGACCUUCAGGUGUAUUCAUAUCGGAGGCUGGGGGAUGAAGCGUUAUCUUUACAGACCUUGGAUCCGCCACAGUCUGUGGACAAGGACAACACUUUAGGCAGUGAGAGUGAGGAAGAGGAGGAGUUUUUCGAUGCAGAUGAAGAAACCCAGAUGAUUAAGUGA